CUUCAUUUAACUACCAUCUCUUUUUUGGAUUGAGUCUUACAGUUGAUCAUGAGCUCAUCAGAACAGAGUACACUUUUACUUCAAAGACAACUAAGAGAUCUUCAAAGGAAUCCUGUCGAAGGCUUCUCUGCCGGUCUCGUGGAUGAUAACAUUUAUGAGUGGGAAAUUCUAGUUAUGGGUGCACCGGAUACACUUUAUGAGGAUGGAUUCUUCAAGACUCGCCUCUCUUUUCCCAGCAGUUAUCCAGUUAUGCCACCUACUAUGAGAUUUAUUACAGAAAUGUAUCACCCAAAUGUUUAUCCGGAUGGUACAGUCUGUAUUUCUAUUCUUCAUCCUCCAGGGGAUGAUAAAUAUGGUUAUGAAGAUGCCAAUGAGCGUUGGUCGCCAGUUCACACUGUAGAAACUAUCCUUUUGUCUGUAAUAUCGAUGCUCUCUAGCCCUAACGAUGAAUCUCCAGCUAAUAUCCAAGCAGCAAAGGAAUAUCGUGACGACUACUCGCAGUUCAAGAAGAAAGUCCAGCGCUUGACAAGACAAUCUGCUGAGAUGCUGUAACCACCUUUUUUUUGAAUUCUAAUACUGCAACAUACACAUUUAUUCAUAAACUUAUAACAUACACGCCUCUAUUGUUGUGUGAAGAGAAUUGACUGAUGGAACCAGAAGAUAUAGAGACAAACUACAAUAUUAAUUCUUAAAAAUGGUCCGAUAAUUCAAAAAAGUAUAAAUUAUGCAAACGAGUACACAAUGUAAUAAUAUAGAGAGAUAGCAAUGAUUCUUGUACGUUAACGUUAAAUAAAGUUUGAAUAUCAAAAUCGGUCU